CAUGUGAGCAGGGAAUGGGCGACUGGAAACAGGAUUAUUAUUCUACACAGCAGAGAGACGCAGGAGGGGCCCUGGGCAGGAGAGACACGGGGAUACUGUGAUACAUCCCAUCCGAGGAAGUUUCUUUUUUUUUCGCAAGAGAGAAAUCGGGGGACUAUCUGGCCAAAGAUGAAUACAAUUGUGUUUAACAAGCUGAGCAGCCAGGUCCUGUUUGAGGAGAAGGCGAAGGAGGUUGAAAUGAGCAGCAGAAAUUAUCUAGAAGUCAUCGACGGACAACAUCCAGACCUCCUCUCCAGCAACCAGACCAUCAGAGACAACCAAGCCAUCAGACACAGGAGGACAGGGGGUCGUCCCAACGGAGGUAAAGUGCGACACAAACGCCAGGCCCUGCAGGACAUGGCGCGGCCGCUGAAGCAGUGGCUCUACAAGCACAGAGACAACCCCUACCCCACCAAGACUGAGAAAAUCCUGCUGGCCCUCGGCUCGCAAAUGACCUUGGUCCAGGUCUCCAAUUGGUUUGCCAAUGCCAGGAGGCGACUGAAGAACACAGUGCGGCAGCCAGACCUGAGCUGGGCGCUGAGGAUCAAGCUCUACAACAAAUAUGUUCAGGGCAACGCUGAGAGGCUGAGCGUCAGCAGCGACGACAGCUGCUCAGAAGAUGGUGACAACCCCCAGAGGACGCAGAGCAGCCCGGGGGAGUUCAGCAAGCCCAUGUACCAGAGCGUGAUCAAGAAGGAGGGCUCCUCCAUGGUGGGCAUGGCCAUGGGCAUGGGGGCGGGGCUGCGGUCGGCCGCCGAAGCCGCCUCGUUGGCCGAGGACUACGUGUCUCCGCCCAAGUACAAGAGCAGCCUGCUGCACCGCUACCUGAACGACUCGCUGCGCCACGUGAUGGUGGCCAACGCCGUCAUGGACGCGCGCAAGAGGAACCACUCGGGCUCCUUCAGCUCCAACGAGUACGACGACGAGCUGCUCUCGCCCUCGUCCUCCGAGGCCGAGGCGAACUUUGUUUAUCGGGCUGAAACCACAGACCAUGGAUCAAGUAAAUAUGACAUUGGCGGUGGCGUCGGCGUCGGAGGCGCGCAGAAGGAGAAGGUGAAGGGCAAAGACGAGACGUACUGGAAGGAGAUCAACGCCGCCAUGGCCUUGACCAACUUGGCGCAGGGAAAGGACAGCCCCUCCGGAACCACCAGCUGCAUCAUCCAGAAGUCCUCCCAUAUAGCAGAGAUCAAGACUGUCAAAGUGCCGCUGGUGCAGAAAUAUUAGCCCCCGCCAUCGUCCUCCCCUCUCACUAUGCAAAACAGCAAACAUUCCUGUUUGAGCAAACUCGAGUCCAAAAAAACUCCCCCCCUCCAGGGUCUAAAGAAAAGAGAACUGUUUCAUUCGGGGGGGGGGGGUUGUUUGAAGCGAACACGAGUGGAACAAAAAGAAAAACUCUCUUUCUUUUUUGGUUGUUGUUAUCUGAGUCUAAAAAAGUGCAAAAGAGGCCUUGGGCAUCCUUUCUCGGGGCGGGGCGGACGCGGCCGCCCGCACGCGCCACAGACAAGCGUCGAUGAUCGUUUCACUGCAGUAUUUCCUAAAAUGAGACACUUUUUGUAAUGUUAACUUAUUUUGAUGACUACGAUUUUUUUUUUGAUUUCUUCUUUUUCUAUGCUACGAAAUUUGCAUUUUGCCAAAGUGCCUUUGUUUUUCCAGACACCACCACCAACUGCGGUCAAUGCAAAGUACAGAUAAUUAGGUGCCUCUUUGGAAUUUGCGAAGGGUUAUUUUGCUACAGUUUGAUACCGAGUCAUGGUCUUUACUCUGCAUGUGUUUUGUGAGUGAAAACUCCCCGCAACAUAAUGUGCCUUACGUACUGAAUGAGCUCACCAUCUGAGGCACUGACUGAACUCAGCACACACACACACACGCACACACACACGUGCGCCGAAAAUGCCCAGCAGCAUUUCCCUCGUGGUAACGUGCUUGUUUUGUCUGAAGCCUUCAUUUUGACUGUAAAUUGAACACUGUUUUGUCUCGGUCAGAUGCUCGCUGCUGACAGGCCAACAAUAACUGUUGGAUAUGUAGAUAAGUUGAGGCCGGCCAGCGCUCGCUCUUAACGUGAGCGCAGGAUCGAUAAGCGGCCAACGCUCCCCGCCUUCCACAGACUCUCUCUGCAGCUCGGCCUUGGAUUUCAUUUUCCAGCGAAGGAUUCCUUUCUUAUCGGGGCUUUUAGUCGGUGAAACGUGCGCAAAUGCUCAGCUGGGAUUCAAGUGAAGUCACGCUCACCCACACAAAGACAGAUAUAGACACAUGCACACUCACACACACACACACGUUUUAUGGUUCACUACAGUAUCUGCUUUGAACAAAGAGGGCCAUGACCUAAAAGGGAUGUUUUUGUUUUGCAUUAUCAGUGUUGUUUUAUGUGGACAGAGUUGCCUUUUCACAUGUUUCUGCUCAGAACAAGGUAGUCCAGAGUGAAAAAAAAGCCACCCCGCCCCACACCACCACCACCAGCUCCUCCACUCUUUUGAUCCUCAGUCCUCUCAGCUGUUUAGCAUUACAUUCAAAUUGCUGUUUACAAGAAGCCAGAGGACAGACUUAAAAGUUUGACUUUCUCUGCCUUGCCUUGCCUUGCUCUUUUUUUUUUUUUCCUUUUCAAAAUAACAUUUCAGUAUUAUCUCUUUGUCGGCCAAGCAAGUGUUCAAAGUGUUUGUUAUUGUCAGUUUGUAUAUGUGUGGUCGCUUUGUUUUUAAUCAGAGUUUGUACUUGGUUUCACUUCACCGUACCGCAUUAAGAGCAUCUUUUGUCAUCCCGUGGAAAGAAUCUCUUUUCUGAGAAAGCACGUAUGUACAGUGCAUAUGUUAUUUACAUUGUAGCAAGCUAUGCCAAGUACACAAACAGGAGAAAUCAACUUGGGACUUUUGGGAGUAACUGAAGUUGGCUCUCAGUGCCGACUCUUUAAUUUUAUGUAUAUCUUCAAGGUACUGUUUAUGUGUGUCAAAAUGUACACUUCUUUAUUAAUUGUGCAGUUUACCCUUUUUUUUUGUUUGUUUGUUUGACAACCCAGACUGUGUUUCUGGUCAAGGACUUAUGAAGACAAGCUGCACAAAGUGACUUUUUGACCUUUUUUGUCUUGAAUGUGCAAACUGUU